CCAACCCACCACCACUCCUCCUCCACCACCCCUUACUCCUCCCUCUUCUUCGCAGCGGAGAGCCGACUUGAUGCGCAUAAUAAAUCAUCUCUGCAAGAUCCCUCUGCGAGCCCGGCUUCAGAAAGACGCGUGUUGGAUUUGGGAGCGUAAACAGAGGGGCGAGAGGCGAGCCUCGUAGCUACAGCAGGCGUGAGGAUAUGCUUUAAACGCGAUUCAGUGCUGCGAACAACGGAGUGGAGGAGAGGAGGCAGAGCAGCGAUAUGAGCCGCGUGUGUUUGAGCCUCCUCGCCACCGGCCAGCUCAGACUCACUUUCACCUGUAUGAACGACCUUGCAAUUGUGACCGAAAUUUUCCCGACCACGCUAUUUCCAUGGAGGAUCAAUUUGUCGUUUUUUUCCGCGAGGGCUGAAUUUAACUCCCGCUGGUCUCGAGACACUUCUGAGCAGGAGGUCACGCUCUUUUCUCUCUGAGAACGCAAGUGCCAUUUUAAAGCUUAUUGGAUGAAAGUCUCAUUUACCCCUGGCUGCCAAAGAUGACGCUGCCAUGGAAACUGCUUCUAUUGCUAUCAAUCAUCGACCGUCUGACAGAUUGUCUGGACAGUGCGUCAUACCACGGUCCGCGGUGGAGGAUGGAACCAGCCGACCUGUUCAUCCCCGUCGACUCCAUAGAAGAAGAAGCCACCCUGACUUGUGACGCUAAGGGCACGCCUUUUCCUCAGUACAGAUGGUCACUAAACGGGACUCUCAUAAAUCUGGGCCUGGAUCAUCGGAGGCGUCUGUCUGGGGGCAACCUCAUUAUAGGCAAUCUGGACCGCUACCAGGAUGUAGGGAUGUAUCAGUGUAUGGCCUACAACACUGUAGGAGCUAUACUGAGCAGGAGAGCAAGUCUACAGUUUGCCUAUUUAGAUCAUUUCAAAGUUCACACCAGAAGCGCUGUGUCAGUCCGAGAGGGACAAGGAGUGGUGUUACUGUGUGGGACACCCACUUCAUCAGGAGACCUUACAUAUGCAUGGGUCUUCAAUGAAUAUCCAUACUUUGUUCAGCAAGACAAUCGGCGAUUUGUCUCCCAGCAGACGGGAAACCUUUACAUAGCUAAGGUGGAGCCCUCUGAUGUGGGGAACUACACAUGUGUGGUGAUGAACAGCAUCACAAAAGGCAAGGUUCAGAGCUCGCCCACAUCUCUGAUCCUCAGGACAGACGGAGUGAUGGGCGAAUACGAGCCAAAAAUAGAAGUUAAUUUUCCAGAUAAUGUACCUUCUUCGAAAGGAUCAACAGUUACUCUGGAGUGCUUCGCCCUUGGGAACCCCGUUCCAGAAAUCACCUGGAGGAGGGCUAACGGAGUCCCAUUUCCCAGCAAAGUCAAAAUGAAGUAUUCAAAUGCAGUGCUGGAGAUCCCGAGCUUCCAACAGGACGAUACAGGAGGCUACGAGUGUGUGGCGGAGAACAAAAUGGGAAGAAACACAGCUACUGGUCGACUGGCGUUUUACGCCAAGCCUCAGUGGAUCCAGACCAUGAAGGACACGGCAAUGGCCAUAGAGGAGAGACUGCACUGGGAGUGCCGGGCCAAUGGAAAGCCCAAACCCUCCUACGCUUGGCUGAAGAAUGGCCAGCAACUCCUCUCAGAGGACAGGAUCCACGUGGAGGAUGGGGUCCUUACGGUGUCGCCGCUCACGCUAUCUGAUGCUGGCAUGUACCAGUGUGUGGCUGAGAACAAACACGGCGUUAUAUAUUUUGCGGCCGAACUAAUGGUUUUAGCUUCUCCUCCGGACUUCACGGGGAAUGUCCUCAGAGCUUUGCUCAAAGCCAAAGCUGGAACAACGGUGAUGUUGGACUGCAAGCCCCAGGCCUACCCAACAGCAAGCAUUUUAUGGAAGAAGGGAAACCUUCCUAUUCACACCAACGACAGGAUCACACUUUCUCCAGAUGGAACUUUGAGGCUGGCCAAUGUGAGCAAGUCGGACGCAGGCAGCUACACGUGCUUCGCCAGGAACAGAUUUGGGAUGUCAAGCACAACUGGAAGGCUCCUGGUUACAGAUCCAACCAGAAUCAUUCAGGGACCAGUGGACCUGGAGAUUAUUGUAGGGGAGAGCAUCGUGUUGCCCUGCCAGGUGGCCAGUGAUCCUGUCCUGGAUGUGUCCUUCUCCUGGGCAUUUAAUGGACAGCUCAUCACCAAGGGAGACGGCCACUUCGAGCUUGUAGGCGGCCAGAGAACAGCUGGAGAUCUGAUGAUCAGAAACAUUCAGCUUUACCACGCCGGCAAAUAUAUCUGCGUUGUGGACACAGACGUGGAGAGCCUGUCAGCCGUAGCUGUAUUGAUUGUAAAAGGCCCUCCGAGCCCCCCGGAAUCAGUGACUGUGGAGGAGGUGACAGACAGCACGGCCCAGCUGGCGUGGAGCCCCGGCAGAGACAACGGCAGCCCCAUUACCAGCUACAUCAUCCAGACAAAAACUCCAUUUACUGUGGGCUGGCAGCGAGUCAAUACAGUUCCAGAGGUAAUUGAUGGCAACAUCCACACAGCUACCGUGGUUGAUCUGAACGCCUGGGUCGAAUACGAGUUCCGGGUAUUGGCCAGAAACGGCGUCGGAGUUGGGGAACCCAGUCCCGUGUCAGUGAAGACGAGAACAGAGGAUGCAGUUCCAGAUGCAGCCCCAGGUGAUGUGGGUGGAGGGGGUGGAAGCAGAUAUGAACUGGUCAUCACAUGGGAGCCCGUCCCUGAAGAACUGCAGAAUGGCGAGAGCUUCGGCUACAUCAUUGCCUUCCGCGCCUUCGGAGAAGUCAGCUGGACUCACGUGGCCACCUCGGCCCCCGGCGCAUCCCGCUAUGUGUACCGUAAUGACAGCCUCGCGCCCUUCUCUCCAUUUCACGUGAAGGUGGGCACUUACAACAGCAAAGGGCAGGGCCCCUUCAGCCCUGUGGUCACCAUCUACUCUGCAGAGACAGAACCAAGCGGAAUGCCAGCAGGGGUUUGGGCCCGAAGUGUCGCAGCCUCUGAGAUUGAGGUGAAUUGGCAAGCUCUCACCAUCACCCCUGAAAGGGUUCUGGGCUAUGAGGUGGUUUACUGGGAGGAUGACACCAAACCGGAAACGAUGGGGAAGGUUAGAGUGCCUUGGAACCAAACCUCAGUCACAGUAAACAACUUGGGAGGAAACACGCAGUAUUUUUUAACAGUUAGCGCCUUCAACACAGCGGGCACCGGCCCUUUCCUCCCUGCAAUCAAUGUCACCACAAAAAAGCCACCGCCUGCCCAGCCACCGCUGAAUGUAGAAUGGACUCUAAUUGGCUCUCAGCUGUCUCUUUACUGGGAGCCUGUGGUGGCAAUGGAAUCAGAGUCAGAAGUUACAGGAUAUCAACUUUCAUUCUGGAGACAGAGACACAAUGAGGUAAACACUUUCACAACGGCCAAUUCGACAGCAGACUUGACCCUCCCUGAGAAUGAAGACGACUACAUCAUUCGCAUUCAGACGCUGAGUGAGGGAGGACUGGGUCCAGCCUCAGAUCCCAUACGGAUCCAUAGACUGAGUAUGAGCGCCCGUGGCUCCAACGCCCUGAGUGUGGACACAUCCCCGCUCUCCUUGUUCUUCACCAUUGCAAUAUCUACGUUCAGGUCAAUGUUGUGACAAGACCUCUCUCUGCUUUGUUUUCCAACAUUUUUCUAUUGUUUCUAAAAGUAAUCAUGCUUUUUUUUCUCUUGACUCUUGUUUGGAGAUGACAGUUUUAUUGUGUUCUGUAGAAAAUAUGAGGCAGUGCAAUAUUGGAGUGUGCUAUCAGACAGAAUUAAUUAACAUUAUUUGCUUGCCUUUAUUUUUUUUAAUGUGGGUCUGACAUUUUGCCAGUCAGGAACAAUACUCCAAUUCAGCUCUUUACUUUGACUCUGAAAUAACACAGAUGCCUUACUUCCAUUCAUGUGCCAAAGUAGUUUCAGCCUUCUUCUUGUUAUUAAAAAGAUAGCUCCAUGCUUUUCUCAGCAUUCAGUUUCAUGCAGUUUACAGUCAUUAAGCACUCAGUGUAUCUUUUGAGGGCCUCUGUAUGAGAUUUUAGUUUUCAUCUCUUGAAUUUUCUGUGUUCCUCUUCAUGCUUCAAUUAGAUCGUCUGAACAUGUUCAUUCACACAUAUGCUUGUGCCUUUGAAGAUUCUUGCAAUGGCCCCAAUUACGGAUACAUCCAGCAGCCUGUUUUUAUGAGUAGAUUCUCCAUUAAAAAUGGAUUGUGUUCCAGAUUUCGGUCAUAAAACACCUCAUAGUGUUAAGUAUUUACAUUAUCAUUAUCACUUAACUUUGGAAAAUUGAAUGUAGGCUCCUUAAGGUUUUAAUGCCUGAAGAAAAAUAACUACAAUCUGUACUUAACUUGGCAUCAAGAAACAUGUUCUCGUAAACAGCAGUAGGAGUAAUGCUGCGUAGUACAAGUGCCAAUGUGUUCUUUUUUUUUUUCCAAGUUAUUAGGUAACAACAACAGAAGUCUUUAAUUUUUACUUCCAAGUCAAUUCUUUGAAGUGAAAAUUUGUACAAAAGAAUUUAUUCUCUUUUACAACUAAAUGCAAGACAUUUUCUGUAUUUCACUUCCAUGUUAUAGGAAAGAAUGAAACAAAUGAUGUAUGAAACAGGCAUGUUUCAGAACGCAGCUCUUCAGCUUCAAGGGAAAACCCCUGAGCCAAAACCUAAAUGAAAAUUCAGAGAAAUUGGCAUUUACUUCAAUCUAUACAGUGAAGAAGCUGAUGAGUGAAAAAGUGUUUGAUUGAAGAGUAAAAGCUUUUGAGAAGCCUGACUUUCAAUGUCUUUGUUUUGGCUAAAUUUUACAAGAUAUAUGGACUAUAGUCAAAAGGACGGGCUGAUCUUAAACACACAUAAAACACACUGUUUGUGGAUGUCCAGGGUUUGGAGCGAUAACCAUUCUCUAUCAUAACCUAACAAGCUGUGGAGGGAUGUUGAAAUGGCAUAUAAUGCCUAAUUUCACAUUUUUUAAAUGAAGCAUUUGCCUAUCCACCUUAAAAACUAAGUAAGACAAAGCUCUAAUGUUAACAGAUAGAUUGCCUUUAUUUUGCUCUGAUUUCACAAACAUAGAUUCAAAAAUGUAUUGUGCUAACUGUAGAUCUCAGUAAUAGAAGUCAACACUGGCCACUUUAUUAGGUAACCUGUUCGAGUGCUUGUUAACUCAAAACAAAUUCCAUUCAUCUCAUGGUAGUAAUUCGAUACAGACCGGUGUCUAGACAAGAUGAAGAUGACUGGCUGGCUUUAAGCCGCACACAAGAAAUACAAUUUUAGUGACUUUGAGUAUAGCAUGGUUCUUGGUGUACAUAGAACUGGUCUGAGUAUUUCAUAAACUAUUAAUCUGCUGGCGUUACCACACAUCACCAUCUCUUGAGUUUACAUAGAAUGGUUUUGGAAGGGGGGCGAUGUCCAGUGAGGAGGAGCUGUAGGGAUGAAAAUGCCCUUUUGGUGUCAGAGAGUUGGACAGAAUUUACACACUGGCUUAAAAUAACGAAAGUUAUAAAAAUAAAAAAAUAAAAUAAUAAUAAUAAUAUUAAUAAAAAGACAACAGUGGCUCAUGUAAACUCCUUUUACAAGGCAUGCAGAAUACCAUCUCCAACACGUCAAACCUUGAAUCACAUUGUGUGACUUCAGCUGCAACAUUCAGAAUCUGGUGUAAACAACAUGAAAGCACGUGUAUCAAUGAUUCAGACUGCUGCUGCUGUAUGUGAUGUGAUGGUGUGGCACACUUGGACCCCCUUAUUACCAAUUGACUAACUGAGCAGUUUUGAUGACCAUAUCCAGGUGACUAAUACAAUUCUAAGAAGGUGUACCCAAAAAGUGGCCAGUUUGUCUACAUAAAAUUGAGGAAAAAAUUGGUGUCAUAUUAACACUUCUAGUUAUAAAUUCUUAUCUUUAAGAAUCCAUACACAAAAUAUGAAGGCGCAAGGGAAUGCAUUUAAACUUUUGUCACCAAUAAAGAUGCAUGUAGUCACAAGGGUUCUAAAGUCUUAAUUUUGAGUGGACAACCAGUGUAUUUCCAUGUUUUUAUAUGAACAUUUGCUUGAUCUUAAAGAGAAAUAGGCUAGAGAGAUGUGACAUAACUGAUGAGAUCACAGAACAGCACAGUCCAAGAAGAGUUAGCAUUUAUAUUAUUAGAUUUAUAGUGAUAAAAAGUCGCUUUGUGGCAUAUAACUGCAUCAAAAACUGCCUAAUUAACUCAUCUGAACCUUUUUAACCUGUACAUAAAGCAUACGCCUUAGCUAACUCGCUGAAAGACUGAAUUUUAAAACGCCUCAGGGCUUCGCUACUGUCUGACAUCAAGGAGCAGCAGUGACAAAGAGCCCUCCUACUGUGUUUUUCUCACAUCUCCUGCACUUGGGAAAAUAAUGGAAAUAAGUGUCACCAUGCAGAUGACCUCGAACUGUCGGCUCCAGCACAAAAUGACCUAACCCAUAAAUUAUUCAGUAUUGUAGCUGUUUACACGUCUGUACAAGUCAGGUCAUUAUUAGUUCAGUUUUCAAGUGGCGUUUCAUUUCUGACGCAACAAAUUUGGCACAUGGGCGUUUUAAAAAUUUCUUGUGGUUCAUUGAUCACCACGGCCACUGUUCUAUUAUUUACUCUUUGAUUCAAAGUUGUUUUUUUGCAUCCCGAUCGUUCUCUGGGAUAUUGCGGGUGUAUUACAGAAAGAAGUCAAACAGACUGAGAAGAAGAAGAAAAAAACAACUUCAGAAUUUGUGUGACUUUUCAUACCCAGUGGCUACAUCCAUCUGUUGUACCAUCUAGCAUUUUCUGUCACCAAAACCGAUAAUCCGCCGUUCACCUCACAUCCACUUCACACCCUCUUCACACCGCCACCAGGCAAGUGGAGGUGAGAAAGGGAGAUGGCUUUCAACUUCUUUCUCACUUGUUUUGGUAACAGAUCCCUGCAUUUACAACAGAGUUAAACACUGCAAGCACCAUUUUUUAAAAGGCUAAAUCACUGUUGCCAUCUGUAUGUUAGCAGUUUUUACAGUUUCCUAACAUCUGGGAGUUCAAGAUACUUGUGAAUAAAAUGCAUCAUGGCAGCCUCUUCUUAAAUGCAUACCCCUUGUCAACCAAUUUAAAACUCUUUUAACCCAAAUCCUUCUUAAUUAAUUUGCUAUCUCACAAACUAUAUGGUAAUAGGUUUUCCUUAUUUGAAUGUGAGGCCUGUUUUUGCUUGCUUUUGUAUUUUUUUUAAUCGUGGGACUCAAAAGUUUUUACAGAUUUUAAUUUUACUUGAGUUAA